UGCAGCAUGGCGGCCUCCAUAGACGCUUGUGUUUCUGCUCCACGGGAGGGAUGCUGGCCCGAAGGCGCGGGUGCCGAAAGCGGCUUUAUUCGCGCCGUCUUGGCGUUGCCUGCAAAACCUAAAACGACUGUGAGGUUCUUCGAGCGCGGCGACUACUACACGGUGCAUGGCGAAGAUGCAAACCUGGCGGCGACGGAGGUCUUCAAAACACAAGCGAUCAUUCGGAUGCUGGGCUCAGGAACUCAGAAACUCGAGAGUGUUGCACUCAGCAAGAUGAAUUUUGAAUAUUUUGCACGAAAUCUUCUUCUGAUUCGUCAGUACAGGGCUGAGGUGUACAAGAACAAGGCAGGAAAUAAAUCCACCAAAGAGUCUGAGUGGUAUUUGGCCUAUAAGGGUUCUCCAGGCAACCUUGUUCAAUUUGAGGAUGUUCUUUUUGGUAACCAUGAUAUGUCCUCUUCAGCUGGUGUUGUAGCCAUUAAGCUGUCCUCAGUUGAUGGACAGAAAGUUGUUGGAGUCGGAUAUGUGGAUUCACUGGCAAGAAAAUUAGAAGUAUCUGAAUUUGCAGAUAAUGAUCAGUUUUCCAAUCUUGAAGCACUGUUGAUACAAAUGGGGCCAAAGGAAUGUUUGCUGCCAGGUGGGGAUACUGCUGGAGAUAUGGAGAAACUGAAGCAGUUGGUUCAAAGGGGAGGAAUCCUGAUCACAGAUAGAAAAAAGACUGAAUUUUCAACAAAAGAUGCUGUUCAAGAUCUCAACCGUUUGUUGCAAUCAGGAAAGGACCGUGUGUCUAGUGCAGCAUUACCUGAAAUGGAUAAGCAGAUGACUCCAGAGGAAAAAACAGAAGCCAUUACAANUUUUCCUUUAAGUAGAAACUGCAGUACACUACUGGAUGCGAUAUUCACAAAACCUCUUAAAGAGCUAAAUUGUGAUUUCUCCAAUUUCCAAAACAUGAUAGAUGAAACUUUGGACAUGAAUACGGUGGAAAGUCAUGAAUACCUUGUCAAACCUUCCAUUGACCCCAAUCUUGCUGAAUUGAGAAAAAGAAUGGAUAAGCUGGAAGAAAAAAUGCAGGGCGUCUUGAAAAUUGCAGCCAAGGAAUUAAGUUUGGAAGCUAGCAAGAGUAUCAAAUUAGAAUGCAAUGCACAGUUUGGACAUUUUUUCAGAAUUACCUACAGAGAAGAAAAGGUUCUGCGGAAUAAUGUGAAAUAUAAGAUCUUGGAAACCCAGAAAAAUGGGGUGAAAUUCUCUAACAGUGCAUUGAAAGAGAUUAAUGAAGACUAUGUGAAGAACAGAAAAGAAUAUGAAGAAAUGCAAGAUGCUGUAGUUAAAGAAAUAAUCAACGUUGCAUCAGGGUAUAAAGAACCCAUACAAAUUCUCAAUGAUGUCAUUGCCCAGCUAGAUGCCAUUGUCAGUUUUGCUCAUGCAUCAAAUGCAGCACCAAUACCAUAUGUGCGCCCAGUUAUUCUAGAAAAAGGGCAAGGAAGAAUUACCUUGAAAGCUUCCAGGCACCCCUGCAUUGAAGUUCAAGAUGAUGUUGCCUUCAUCCCUAAUGAUGUCACUUUUGAGAAGGACAAACAGAUGUUCCACAUCAUUACUGGACCAAACAUGGGAGGAAAAUCAACUUACAUACGGCAGACUGGGGUGAUUGUUCUUAUGGCCCAAAUUGGAUGUUUUGUGCCGUGUGACUCUGCAGAAGUGACUAUUGUUGAUUGCAUCCUGGCUCGAGUUGGAGCUGGAGAUAGUCAACUGAAAGGGGUAUCUACUUUCAUGGCAGAAAUGCUGGAGACUUCCUCCAUCCUUAGGACUGCAACUGAGCAUUCUUUGAUAAUCAUUGAUGAGUUAGGGAGAGGAACAUCAACAUAUGAUGGAUUUGGAUUGGCCUGGGCAAUUUCUGAAUAUAUUGCCAGCAAAAUGAAAGCUUUUGCUAUGUUUGCUACUCAUUUUCAUGAAUUGACAGCCCUCGCUGAUCAAAUACCCACUGUAAAUAACUUGCAUGUUACGGCAUUAACUUCAAAGGACACACUGACAAUGUUAUACCGUGUGAAAAAAGGGGCCUGUGACCAGAGCUUUGGUAUCCAUGUAGCAGAAUUAGCAGCCUUUCCCAAACAUGUGAUUGAAUGUGCCAAGGCGAAAGCUCUGGAACUGGAGGACUUCCAGAACAUUGGAAUAUCUCAGGAGGAGGAUGAAGAACCAGCUGCCAAAAGAUGCCACAGGGAGAAGCAGGAGGGAGAACAAAUAAUUCAAGAUUUCCUUUCUCAAGUGAAAGCAAUGCCGUUGACAGAAAUGUCUGAAGAAGAAAUCCGGACCAAACUAAAGGAGUUAAAGGACUACGUUUUGAAGAAAAAUAAUUCUUUUGUAAAUGGAAUCAUUUCCCGCAUCAACGGUACCUCAUGAUACAUAACUAAAAUCACUUGAACUUGUGAUUUUUUUCUGAUCAUAAUCUCUCAACACUAGAACUACUUUGUCCCCUCUGACGCCAUUGCAAUAGUAAAGAAGAAGCCUCAGGAAUCAUUGUGUUCCACUUUCUCAUCCACAUACAUAAAGAGAAUCAGAACAGUAGAGUUGGGAAAUCUAUUAACAAUGAUACAAAUACCUAGUCGGACUAUCUUGAAGUGGGCAAAAACACUUCAGAACUGACAUGCAUCUUCUGUUUUCUGUCAGUUGUACUUUUUCCAUGCCAGAUCCAAAGUUCUUUUAACCACUUUGGAUCUGGAUGCUAGAGACUUCUUUACGUUACUAAAUAUUAUAACCCUGAAACUAUGCUUUUGGUACUGUUUAUGUAUAUAUAUGUUGUAUCUUGUUGGGUUGUAUUUUGCUGCAAUCACUGAAGAAUUCUUGUUUCAAUCUUACUUUUGAAAUAUAUAUAUAUUUGUGGUAUCCUCUGAAAUACUUUUAGGCAUUUGACAGCCUUGGAAUAAAUCACACCUCGGUCAUUAAGAGGUAUGUUAAUGUCACAGAAACAAAAAGAGGCAUGGCAUUUUGCUAUAAUUUGUUAAAGGCUCAUAGCUUAUGCCAAUGUAUUUAACCCUGAAAUCUAGAACAAAAAAAGCAUUUACUAAGGGUUGUUAAUUUUGUGUUGACGAAAGGUGUCAUUAUAUUCCAUAGGAUUUCAAACCUAAAAUUGUUGUUAUUAAUGCAGUGUAAAGUUUUACUAUAUAUUUUAUUCAUGUUUUUUUCAAAACAUUUCAAACAACUUGAAGAAAAUAAAAAUAGUUUGUCUUCCAAUUAGUUUGUUCUCCCAUUAGUUUGUCUUCCACUAUUCCUUAGUGGCAUAUUAUAUCCAUAUUUCUUCAGUGGAUCUUUGUGAAAUUUCUUACAUGUUUGUG